CGCGAAUUAUCCACAGUCGUGCGCCGGCAGCCGACGGGAAAGGACGGUGUGAACCGUAUCCGGGAGACACGCUGUGUUGUUGUUCGCACUGAAAAAGGUUAAAUGGUAAUAAGCGACCAUGUACAACCUGAACGUGAAUGUGAAUCCUAAUCCAGCGGCUGCCGCCGGUCUUCUCGGUGUCGCGGCGGCCGAGGUCACGCCAAGGACACCGGAAAUCGUAAACUCCCUAAUCGCCAUGACCAAUCCCUUCGAGGAUUACACGAGCGAGAGGAGCAGGGAUCGUACGGAUUCGAUUAGCAGCGGUGAGCCGAGCCCACCGAGUGUUCAGCACACCUGUAGUCAGCUCAUUAAAGAAGGUUUGAAGUUGACGUUGCAAACGAAGAGGCGGGCAAACGGAAGCGGCGACGAUUCCAAGAAGAGGUCGAAGAAGGAGGACGGAAGUGCGGACGACGAGGAGGAGGACGACUCGUCCAACAACAACAGUCGUAGUGGUAAGUUGACACCGGAGGACGAGGAAAGGCGUCGAAGGAGACGCGAGAGGAAUAAAAUCGCUGCUACGAAGUGUCGGUUGAAAAAACGCGAGAAGACAGUGAUCCUGGUGCAAGAGUCUGAGAUCCUGGAAACGCAGAACCAUGACCUGAAGUCUCAGAUCCAGGAGCUGGAGACGCAAAGGCGUAGGCUGGUGGACAUGCUGAGCCUGCACGGGCCGACCUGUUUGAAACAAGGUGGCGCGGACACCUCGUAUCAACAGUAUGCGGAGCCUUUGCAUCUGCCUAGUUACCAGGAGAACUUUGUGCAUCCACCGCCAGCGUUGAACCAGCCUCAAAACUGUGUAUCGGAGUACCCGGUGAAGCUGGAGGAUUACGAAGGCGAGUUUUACAGGCAAGAGAGUUCGUUUGUGCCAACCUCAGACGCCAGUUGCACAGUCUAGUAGCUUUAUUCGUUACAAGUAAUCCCUGCUGCGCCAUCUUCGGGAGUAAUCUCUUCGGAAAUCUGAUUUACCGAUUGGACAAACUGUAAACAUAUGACAUCUCAGCUGGUCGAUUACUUUAUUUAAGAGGGAGGGGAGGGAGGAGGAGAAUGAUUGCAUGCAUUCCAAGAAGACAUGAGUGAAUAAAAUCAUGAAAAUAUAACAGACAAAGAUUAAAAUUAAUCUGAAAUCGUAUAGUAAUUAAGGGAUAUAAAGACAAGGGUAUAAACUGCUAAGACAUAAAUGAAUUCUGGUCAAAUUAUUCUAAAUAACAAAUUGACCCAAUAUUUUUGAGAUUAAAAAAAGUAUUUUACUACUUACUUGCUAGAUUCUAUACUACGUCCGUGAUAAUAAUAUUCACAAUAUGUUUGGAGAGUAUCAUGUUUGACCAUCCUUGCCGGGUCUCCCUUUGUUUUGUGUCCGGUAAAUCAGAUUCUCCCGGAUCUCCUUCUCUUCUCUGUUAAUUACAAGUCUGUAGUUUGUAAGUCGAUUUAUUAUAUCGUAACUGCGCGCUCCUGUGUCUUCUUUCUCGGUACCUUCAUUCACUUUUUUGUUUCUCAUAUUCCUUCUCCCCACUUUCUGUCUUCUUCCCCACCAUUUUUUUAACAUAUCCCCAUAUACUCGAAACGUAGUGUUCAACGUAGCACACUUAAAAACAUUCCUUGAAAGUAACCCUUUCUUGCAAGUAAGUAACCAAUUCCUUCAAUGUAAGUACUGUGACAUUCUAAGGUAUAAUCGAUACAACGGAUUAAUGUAAGAUAGAAACGGAUUGUCUUUGCAAUAGCGAAGAAACAAUCAUGCGUCGAUGCGUUGAGCGGCGUUCACAGUAAAACAUUCGAAGUUCUUCUAUGUGUAUAGGCCUUAGUAGUAAAUAACAUCGAACGAUAAAUACGAGGAAGAAUACGUUCAAUUACCGGUGAAUGCCUACGAGCCAUUGCUGUAAGCCGUAAACUCAUUAAAUACCCGACAAUUUAAGAUCGAAAUCGAUAAGGGAGAACGUUGCAAAGACAUUCCGUUGCUUUAAGCGAAAAUCGAGAGAGCCUGUUCUAAAAUGAAACGCAUUAUUUUGUAUGUGACUAUUUCUCGAUUCACCAGUGAGAGAAAAUAUAUAACUCAGUAUGUAAGGUCUUCUGAUAUUGAUUGUGACUAUCACACUGUGACGCGAUUGCGAGACGCGUUCAAAGGAUACUUAUAAUUAUACGAAUAAUCGAAUGAUAUUUAAUAUUAUAUAUUAUAUAUUAUAUAUAUAUAUAUAUAUGUGCAUAUUUUAUACAGAUAUAUACGUUAAUGCGCGAGCGUUAUUAACAGUUAAUGAACGGUUAAUUACAUGACUAUUAAAUGUUUCAUUAAUAUGA